ACUUGCCAAUGGCAAUCUGGCAACUCUAAGAGCGGCUCAAAAUAUUUUGUCGUGGUUUUAUAAUUCCAUUCUAAAAUAUCAAUUAAAAGCUUAAUUUUUCGGAAAGUAAGGGUGCAAAUAUGUCUCGCAGUGCUCGGCCCCUCACCUCCGCCCGUGUCCUGCACAAAAUAAAGGCUUUGACCACCCCGCAAACGAGCACUGAAUAUGUAAUCAAUCGAAAUCCCAGGAAUCUGGAGAGAUUACGCAUUGCGUACAAGCCAGGUGGAUAUCAUUUGGAGAAACCCGGCCGUUCCUACUGGCACACGCUAGAGAUAAACACCAGUGGUCGAUAUGUCAGCGCCGAUAUCAAGCAUUUUGAAAAUGGAACUAUCCUGAGUGCCAGCACAUCGGAAUGGGCCAUAAAACAGCAGCUGUACAAGACCAACGACACUGCGGCUUUUGUAAAUCUCGGAAGAGUGCUGGCUCAUCGUUGUCUGCAGUCUGGCAUUACGGAAAUGACCUGCAACUUGGAGGCGGUGCCUGGUAGCAAGUUGCAGAAGCUUCUCCAAACCCUACAGGACAAUGGCGUGUCCUUUAAGGAACCCUCUCGUCUACCCAACCAACAGCCCUGGGAUGCCGAAAGACAUGAAAAGCCCUGGGACAUAACAGAAGGAUCCUUAGAACCCUCAAAAACAAAAUAACCAAAAUAAACCCUGUUUAGUUUUUGUUUCGUUUAGAAUAAACGUUGAUUAUUAUUGCUAAUUACAA